AUGGUUAAAGAAACUAAACUCUACGAUCUAUUAGGUGUUUCUCCAAAUGCCACUGCAAAUGAAAUCAAAAAGGCUUAUAGAAGAAAGGCUUUGAGUUGUCACCCUGAUAAAAACCCUUCUCCUGAAGCUGCUGAACAAUUCAAAGAUAUUACAAGUGCUUACGAAGUUCUAUCUGACGACUCUAAAAGAGAUGCCUACGAUCAAUAUGGCUCUGAUGGUCCAUCGAUGGGUCCAGGUGGAAUGGGAGGUAUGGGUGAUGACAUAUUCUCUCAAUUCUUUGGUGGGAUGUUUCCUGGUGGCGCUGGUGGCCCAUCCAAACCUUCUGGUCCUCAAAGAAGUAAAGAUAUCAAAUAUAACAUCUCUUGUACUUUAGAAGAACUAUACAAUGGUAAAACCUCCAAAUUGGCUUUAAACAAAACUAUCAUCUGUAAAUCCUGUAAGGGUAUUGGUGGUAAAGCAGGAUCAGUUAAGACAUGUACAAGCUGUCAUGGUUCUGGUUACAAAUUCGUGACAAAACAAAUGGGUCCAAUCAUUCAAAGAAUUCAAGCCCCUUGUGAUGCUUGUUAUGGUGAAGGUGAAACUAUUGACCCAAGAAAUAGAUGUGCUCAUUGUAAGGGUAAAAAAGUUGACAGCGAAAGAAAAAUCUUGGAAGUUGUAAUCAAACCAGGUAUGAAAGCUGGUGAAACAGUUGUAUUUCAAGGUGAAGGUGACCAAGGUCCAAACAUCAUUCCCGGUGAUGUUAUCUUUGUGAUUGAUGAGAAAAAACACGAAAGAUUUACAAGAAAGGACUCUAAUUUGUUUUAUAACUGCACUGUUGAUUUAUUAACCGCUUUAGCUGGUGGUCAAGUUGCUAUUAAAGAUUUACAUAACGGCUGGAUAAAAGUUAAUAUUUUGCCUGGCGAAGUUAUUAAACCUGGUGCACUAAAAGUCAUUGAAGAGCAAGGUAUGCCAAUAAAGAAUCAUCCAGGCAGCUUUGGACAUUUAUUUGUCAAAUUUGAAAUUGACUUCCCCAAUGAUAAUUUUGCAGAUGAUGAUAAAUUGAAAUUAUUAGAAAGUAUAUUACCACCAAGAAAGAAAGUGACUUUCCCAAAGAAUGCUAAUAUCAAAGAUGUUAUCUUAACAGAGGUCGAUCCAUUGAAACAUGAAAAGAGAAGAGGCGGAUACGAGGAUGAAGAUGAUUAUCCACAGGGUGAAGGAGUUCAAUGUUCUUCUCAAUAG